ACUCUUAGCGGGAAGAAUUGUCAAAGAUCUUCACAUUCAACAAGAUCGCUCCGGCUGGGAAGCCAUCAGCUCCCAUUUCACUCCGGCCCCGUUGCGGCGCGCCCCCUCCCCUCCUCCUCGCCCCAUUGAUGUGUUAUUACUGGGGGCUUUGGAACAGCAAAAGGAAAAAAGCAGGGCAAGGCGCCUGAGCUGCGGCGAUGGAAGAACUUACAGCUUUUGUCUCCAAGUCGUUUGAUCAGAAAGUGAAAGAGAAGAAGGAGCUGAUCACGUACAGGGAGGUUCUGGAGAGUGGCCCUGUCAGAGCAGGCAAGGAGUCGGGCGGCUCCGCCGAGCCGGGCCGGGAAGACGUGAGCAGCCCCGCGUUUGCUAAGCAAAUGCUGGGAGCGAGCUGCGAGGUAACGAGAGCUGCGAGCUCACUAAGCAAAUCCUGCCCUGCAGAUGCGCAAAUCAGAUCCCCGGCCGGAGCCCUGGAGCCGGGAGCAGCAGCAGGCGGCAAGUGGCAGGGAGUCUCCCCAGAGCUGAAGGAUCGCAAGGAGGAUGCGAAAGCCAUGGAAGACGAAGGGCAGACUAAAAUCAAACAGCGGAGAAGCCGGACCAAUUUUACUCUGGAGCAGCUGAACGAGCUGGAGAGGCUGUUCGAUGAGACCCACUACCCGGACGCCUUCAUGCGAGAGGAGCUGAGCCAGAGGCUGGGCUUGUCCGAGGCCAGAGUGCAGGUUUGGUUUCAAAACAGAAGAGCGAAGUGCAGAAAACAAGAGAAUCAACUUCAUAAAGGUAGGUCCGUGUCAGAGAAGAGGAGGAGGUUGGAGAGACGUGUCGGGGUGCGGAUCCCCCCGGUCGAGGAGCAGCUAUGGGCCGGGAUAGGACGCAUGUCCUCACAUGAAAGCGGCGAUAGUCAUUGCAACGUGACGCCCUUGUCCUUUCAGGUUCAGGCCCAGCUGCAGCUGGACAGCGCCGUGGCCCACGCGCAUCACCACCUGCACCCGCACCUGGCCGCCCACGCGCCCUACAUGAUGUUCCCCGCGCCGCCCUUCGGCCUGCCCCUGGCCACGCUGGCCGCCGAGUCCGCCUCGGCCGCCUCGGUGGUGGCUGCGGCGGCGGCGGCCAAGACCACCAGCAAGAACUCCAGCAUCGCCGACCUCAGACUGAAAGCCAAAAAGCACGCGGCUGCUUUGGGGCUGUGACUCCUCCUCCGCCUCCCCCUCCCUUCCUCCUCCUCCUCCUCCUCCUCCGCGAUCACCUCCUGGGGACCCUGCAACUCGCACCAUCCGGAGGAUCACAACACAAAAACAGCCCGGCAAACAAGCGAAAGGCUAAUGACUCCAUGGGCAGAGUCCUACUCACGAGCCGGCGAGCUUUGACUUAAUGCGAAACACACGCGGAGCCAGGCUGCCGAGAGCAGAGACGUUAAAACAAAACACACACAGGCGCGCGCACACAGACACGCGGGGGGACGCGACCCAGAUGCCCAGCACCGGGGCAAGGCAAGCCGAACAAAACCCCGCGUACAUAAAGGACAGGAACAAAACCACGGUGAGGUGCUUUAUGCCUUCAGAAAGAGGAAGAGAAAUAAACCUUAUUCCAGGACAUGGAGAUGAGGGGGAGACAAAUAAAUAAAAAAAAAGAAACAACUUUUAAAGGGUUUGGGUUUUUUUUUUCUAAUGGAGAAAAAGAGAGAGACGAGGAACUGAAGGAAGAUAUAUACUUAUUUAAAGAAUUAGAUGAAAUAGAAACGCAGCUGGGAAGUUCACAGGUUUUGAAACUGACCUUUUUCUGCGAAGUUCACUUUAAUACAAGAAAUUUGAUAAGAGAGGCGGGCCUCCUUUCACGUUGCAUCAGAUACUUGAGUUUAACAACCACGUCUGGAAAUGGCGACAAGAAAAGAAGAAGAACAAGAAAAAAGAAAAUAAAAAGACAAUGAUUUCUCUGCGAAUUUCUAACGGGAAAACUGUCCGGGAUACUUCUUCCAGCAGAAUUCCGGGUUGCAUGUAUUUGUAUUUCAUUGAUGGCGUCCCUUUGAUUCACUUGCACUUCACCCUCAUCUUCAGUAGAAAAACAAAAACAAACCAAUGUGGCUGUUUUAUUUUUCUUUUAAUUUUGGAGGGAAAAAGAGAGAGAGAGAGAGAGAGAAAGAGAGAGAGGGAUCAAGCACUGCCUUUCCACUCUUCGAUCUUUGUUGGCCCUUUGCUGUCCCAUCCCUGAAAUAGAAGGGAGCAGAAAGCAUGAGACUAGAGGAGUUAUUUCUUUCUCUUUUGCUGGCUCUCUGAUGUUCUCAGGACAAACCUUGUAUUUAAUUCCAAAACCACCACCUUCUAUAAUGGCAAAUUCCAAUCAUAAGUACUAGGUACAUGUAAAAUAUGUUGAUAAACACGAACAAAGUUUAUUUUGGCUAUAACUUGUGAAUUGAUAGUUGACUGUCAGACAUUUACAUUUUAUCUCAUAAAGGUGUAUCUAUUCACGUAAUCUUGUGAUUUCUUUUAAUUUGAAAGACAGAUAGCUAUUUAAUCGGGGGUAUCUUGAAGGGGGUGAUUUCUAUCCCAGUUUGCCAUCAGACCCUCAUGACUUUUAAUGCUCUUUUGCCAAGAAAGAGGGAAAGCUCUUCUAAGUGAACGUUGUUAUGGACGGGCUUUGUAACUAUUUGUUCUCCAUGAAAACAAAAUUAUUUAUAUUUACCAUAUUUUUUCUAGUGUAUUUUAAGUUAUUUAAAGAAAAAAACUCGAAAAGAUGCUGUUAUUUCAUUACAUUUGCUGUCGGUUCGAUAUAUUUUGUUUCACUCAGGUUUGCUUCACCUUUCUUAAUCGGUUUUAAAGUCACAAAUUUCAAUAAGUGCCAAGUUACAAAAUAUAAGACACUUUGCGAUCUAUUGAAUGAAAAAGGUAAACGUUUUAACUGACGGGUGCCCGUCACUUGCUGGUACUGUUCAUAUUAAA